AUGUAUGUCGGAGACUCCGACGCUUCGGGAGCGCUGCACCUCCUCAUGGAACUCUUACAGAACUCUGCAGACGAAAUCGCUCAAGGCAACUGCACAGAAAUAACGGUCUGCUCAAUCUCCGUACAAGACAAUGGCAGAGGCAUCCCCUGCGACCCUGUCCAGCAUGGCUCACCAGCUCCCGAAUGCCCCUCCGCACUGGAAGUCGUACUGACAACUCUCCACUCUGGAGGGAAAUUCGUAAAAGCCGGCUCUUCAGAAGGCGCUGUGGGAGCGACGGGGGCAGAAACAGCUCCGUACAGCUGCAGCGGAGGCCUUCACGGCGUUGGGUUGCCGGUCCUUAACGCGCUAAGCUCCAGGCUCAGAGCAGAAGUCCUCCGCGAUUCUCAAGUGUGCACCCUCGAGUGCAGCCAAGGCCGCAUCACGCAACCCCUGACGAGGCAAAGCAGAGCAGCGGCCGCUGCCACAGUGUUUCAUCUGAAGCGCGAGCGUGCCUACUGCAGCGCAGAUACCGCCUCCGCCGCGAAGCAAGAGACUGAAGAGGCGGCAGCAAGGGCAGAAGCGCGUAAAGAAGCCGAAAUUGGAGAUGGCAGCGAGCGGCAGGGCACGGCUGGCAGCGCAGAGAAGGAAUCAGAGGAGCCUUUGAUUCAAGAGAUUCGCUUCAAAGACGAAGGGGGCGGACUCAAGUCCAUGCUGCGUGAAAUGAGCCAUGGUCUCGCGGCCCUCUUCACGGAUACACCCAUUAUUAGUGUCGUCUGUAGCAAUGCCUUCCUCUCUCUUGAGGCCCACCUCAUGUUUACGGAUCCAACCAAGACUCCCAACACCGCUGUGAGAACGCCUCGCAGCGAUUGCAGCAUCGAGCGCCAGAGCCGUAGCGAGGCAAGCAGCGGAUUGGCGAGCGAGUUGCAGCGGCUGUCGCCGCUCGCCGUUCCGGCAGACACACUGGGCUGCAGCAUUGCCUCAUUCGUGAAUGGCGUCAGCACGCCACACGGCGGUUCGCAUGUGGACGGCUGUCUCUCGGGUCUUACCAAGGCAGUGCAUGCAGCCGCGGCAGCAGCUGCCGCAGCGGCUGCGGCGUGGACUGGGCGGGGGAACAAGCGGCUGCUGCUGCGCACAAAGCAGCAAGAAGCUGCAGACAGUGCAAAAGCUGCUGCAACGCCUGGCAGCGGAAGGGGGGUUGCGGGAGCAGGUGCCUCCGGCUUAGCCGCAGGAGCUGCUGGGGUUAAGGGGGAGUAUCUGCGCGAGGGCCUCGUGGGCAUCGUGAGCCUCAAACUUUCCGAUCCUGUUUUUGAGGGCCAGACGAAAAGGAGGCUGAAGGGGAAGGAAGUCGCACGCGCUGUAGAACAGCUGGUGCAGGAGGCACUCUUCAAUUUCUUUUCGGCGAAUCCGGGAAAGCUGCAGCAGCUCCUGCAGCGCGCUGCCGCCACUGCCGCAGCAGCCGCGGCAGCAAAGGCAGCGCGAGACUUCCAGAAAGCUCGACAAAGGGCAGUACAGGCCUCUGUUCUUCCAGGGAAGCUGGUAGACUGCCAGCGAGGCGGCGAACUGUUUAUCGUGGAAGGUGAAUCAGCAGCCGGAAGCGCAAAACAGGCGCGCGAUCGCCGACUACAGGCGGUCCUGCCCCUCCGUGGAAAGAUCCUCAAUGUACAGCGCGAGAAUAACAGACGCAAGAUCUUCAACAACGAGGAGGUCAAGGUCAGCUGUGCAAAACGCAGCUCCGAAGCAACAUUCACAACUUUUAUAGAAGCAGACACGGCUCCCGCCACGGCUGCACCACACUGCUGCUGCUGCGAUUUCCAGGCACUGGUAUCUGCUCUAGGCGUCCCACCGCAAGACGAUAGCUCAAAACAGCAAAGCCUAACGGGCCUAAGAUACGGGAAGGUGAUCCUCCUCACGGACGCGGAUGUGGACGGCGCGCAUAUUCGAUCCCUGCUGUUAGGCUUCUUCUACCGUUUCUAUACGGCGCUACUGAGAGAGAAUAAGCUCUUCAUUGCGUGCCCCCCUCUCUACAAGGCAGUGCACCCGCCGAUGCCCUUGGCCCUGCUGCAGCAGCAUUUCAAGCAGCUCCCGCACACCCGCGACAGCCGUGGCACCGUCAGCAGCAGCACAGUGACAGAGACAUACGUCUGGACGGAUGCAGAAGCGCAGCGUCUCGCAGCCCUCGUGCAGCAGCAGCAUCCUAAAAAGAAAACUACACAGGCAGCAUACGGCGAAGCAGGCGGCGGAGGCAUCCUACGGUUGCAGCGGUUUAAGGGUUUAGGGGAGAUGCAGGCAGAACAGCUGUGGCAGACGACAAUGGAUCCUAGAGCACGAAGCCUCAAGAGGAUCACUCUGCAGGAUGCUGCCAAGGCUGAGGCUGCUGUCUCUUCUCUGAUGGGAGAGGCCCCUAUGGAGCGGCGACAGCUCGUCUUGUCUCUAAGUGCCUCCUUAGCGGCUGACCCUCAGGCGCUAAGCACCUAA